GUAGAACACUCUCAGUCGACGCCAGUUUGGACUCAUCGCGGUUGCAGACCAAGUUGUAUUGGCAGCACGUACGUCAUACAACUUGCCAUACAAGGACCCCUACUACCGUAAACGCUUUCACAACACCAACCACGACCGUCGCUAGUACGAAGAAAUGCCACGUAAAGAUGCUGGUGGUGGACCAAUUUCUGCUCAGGCUCAGCAAGAUCUAGUCUCAGAGGGUAUCGAAAACUUCGAGCUUCCUAAGAGUCUGGUUACGAAGAUAGCAAAGUCAGCAAUGCCAGACAAUGCGAAACUGCAAAAAGAGACUGUAUUGUCUUUGGUGAAGGGUUCGACAGUAUUCAUCAACUACCUUGUGGCGACAGCUCAUGACGUGGCUAUGUCCAAACAGCACAAAAGUAUCUCCGCGUCCGAUGUCCUCAAAGCUCUGGAGAUGAUCGAGUUUGGAGAUCUCGUCGAGAAUCUACAAAAUGAGCUUCAAAUUUAUAGAGACAACACGAAAGGAGACAAGAGCCGUAAAUCUGGAACGGCAAGUUCCUCGCACAAGGGCAAGGCCAGAGAAAGUGAAACUGCAUCAGUCGUCUCAAAAUCAAAAGGAAAGGACAAGGCGACGAAUCUGCCACCGCCAUUCACGUUUGCCCCGCGAGGAGCAGUGGCAUCCUCUGCGUCCCAAUCAGACAUGCACAGCACUAGGGUCGAACAGGAAGUUGAUGAUGAGAUGGGCGAGCCAGGCGAAGGGGAAGUGGAAGGGGAAGGAGAAGACGAAGAAAUUGAAGAGGAUGAGGAAGAAGUGGAGGAAGAAGUGGAAGAUGACGCACCGGUUGAUAUGAUGGCUGUCGAAGAUGAGGAACAGAAAAAAGAUGCCUCAGGGCUGGAAGAACCUAAGGCUUUGCCAGCCGAGGACUGAUGUUCAUGUGAGUUCUGCAGUGAAAAUCAUUUAUAUACCAUCGCUACAUCAGAUAUCGUGAACAGUCUGAAGCUGGUGUGUACGUUAUCAUCAAAUCGAUCCUGCGUUCCGUAGCCUUGAGCCAGUCUGAACGAGUGCGGUGCAAGUACUUCUCACCAUGCAAGUUGCCGAUUAGAUGAUGCAAGACGCAAUACCGAGGCAUUGAAGUGUACUCAGAUGUAUCGGUGAAUGGAGUUAUGGGUCUGGUCACAU